AUGGAUCCUCAUGGUAAAUACUAUGGCACAGCUGCAGAGAAUGGCACGACAAGAAAGAGAUCAUCUUCACAGGCGCCCGCACUUGAAGACAGAUUAGCUAGCGAGACCCAUUUGCGUCGAUUCACUGAGAACGUACUGGACUCACGGCAACAGGAAAUUGAGAACCGGGAAUCGGAAAAGGACCGACUUGCAGCACGGGUGGAAGCUCUCGAGAGGCAACUUGCCGGCACGCAAAGACAGCUCGCAGAGGCUCAGGAUCAGGUGUUUCGUUUGCAGCCCAGUCGAAGGGAUAUUACAGAGUCAGAGGCAAGGGACGCCUACAAGACUCUUUUUGGAAAUGUUCAGCGAUGGGUUGAGCACCGUGCCGGGUAUGUGAUUGAGGAUUUGGAAGCAGGUCGCCUUAAUGGUAGGGCUGUUCCCCCAGGAGGGUCACGGCUCGUUACGCUUCUCAGAGAGCAGUCAAGACGGUGUUUGAAUGUUGCGCAAUCUGAUGAAUUUCAUAUCAUCGGGGCCAUCAUGAACUAUCUCCACCUUACCCUGUUUUCCAAGGCAUUUUAUUGCCCACUAGAUGAUAGUGAAGAGGACAGAACCUCGAUGUGGAUUGAUGGACUGGAGAGCACUAUGUCUCGCUUGCCAAGAGAUAUAGCUCAUUGUAGAGAGUGGAGGAGUGAGACGUUGACGGCGCUGACUAACCAAGCCGUCUUCAAAGCUCGGCGUCAACGACACCUCAACAUUGUUACCGACGAUCUGGCUUCCUUGCUCUCGGCCGUUGCCCCAAGGACGCCUAUUACCGAGCUUCAUAGUUCCAUUCGUCGGAGCAUUGUAGAGCCAGCAGCAGAUCUUGUACAUCAACUUCACUUGGCGUCCAGUAUAUUCUCAUUGAAGUGGACAGCUCGUACAGCGGCGACGAGACUGGAAAACUACCAAUGCUUGAAUCUGGCAAACGCAGGGAUGGUUCUUGACUUGUCUGGAACUAAGCCAAACUCCCCAGCGCGACGCAACGUCACGUAUCUAUUCGAUGUAGCUCCUGGCUUGUUUGUCGAAAGAAUUGAGGGUGGGAGAAAGCUCGGGAUGAAAGCUGUCUUCAAGCCCGCAGUGCUCAUUGACAAUGCUGAGGGGGGUAUAUCUCAAGCUCCAACAGUCAUGAGGUGGCUGUGGGAUAAUGCACCAGCUUCGCUGGGAACUAACCGAAGCGCAUCGAGAGCAAGCUCAAGGAGUAAGGAUAUACACAUCUGA